CUGUCAAGCGAGUGUGAGUGCGUUUUUCUGUGGUUUAUUUUAUCGUGUUUAUUUAAAAAAAAAAUGGACAAUUCUCAAGUGCAGGAACAAGUCGAGGAAUUUCAAAUUGUAAUGGAAAAGAUAAGAAGUGUAAGAUUCGAUUUGGUUCGUGGCCUAGACUGAGUCUAAAAAUCCCUUCAGUGGCCAAUUUCGCGAAAAAAACACUGGGUGUUCUUCGGGUGCGCCACCAACACAACCGAUUUUAUUUAAAUUUGAUUUACAAAAUGGCCGACUGUCAAUCUAUCGGUCUCAGAACUUCAUGAGGAGGUAUUCACAAUCCAACAAUUCACAAUGCUCGUGGACUUUAAGCUGAGCCCCAAGAUGGGACUACCUCUUCACAAUUUGCGGGCGGAUCUACAAGAAAGCCUUAAAAAAAUGGAGAUUCAUAAAAAAAAUCUUAAAGAGCUGCUUGUGGAACAAGUAGAGGAUCUCUGUCAAGGCGCUGCUGGACCUCCCAAAGGCCCAAAAAUAUACUCAGGGGCAGCAUUCAUUAAGGCAAAAAGUCCAGGCAAUAGUGGAGGCCUAUGUAAGAAAUAGUACCCAGGAGGAGAGGCUCUUAAACACAGUAUUUGAGCGGCCGUAUGAUUUUUAUGGCCGCUCAAAUAGGCUUUGCUGAACCUUCCUAAAAGCAGGAGGCACGCAAAUGGGCGCAGCGAGCUCAGUCGGAAGCUCCAGUCCAUUGUGGAAGCAUAUGUAAGAAAUAGUGCCCAGGAGGAGAGGCUCAUAAACACAGUAUUUGAGCGGUCAGAAGAUUUUUAUAGUCGCUCAAAAAGGCUCAAAUAGGUGCUGCUGGACCUCCUAAAGACCCAAAAAUACACUCAGGGGCAGCAUCCAUUAAGGCAAAAAGUCCAGGCAAUAGUGGAGGCCUAUGUAAGAAAUAGUACCCAGGAGGAGAGGCUCUUAAACACAGUAUUUGAGCGGCCGUAUGAUUUUUAUGGCCGCUCAAAUAGGCUUUGCUGAACCUUCCUAAAAGCAGGAGGCACGCAAAUGGGCGCAGCGAGCUCAGUCGGAAGCUCCAGUCCAUUGUGGAAGCAUAUGUAAGAAAUAGUGCCCAGGAGGAGAGGCUCAUAAACACAGUAUUUGAGCGGUCAGAAGAUUUUUAUGGUCGCUCAAAAAGGCUCAAAUAGGUGCUGCUGGACCUCCUAAAGGCCCAAAAAUACACUCAGGGGCAGCAUCCAUUAAGGCAAAAAGUCCAGGCAAUAGUGGAGGCCUAUGUAAGAAAUAGUACCCAGGAGCAGAGGCUCAUAAACACAGUAUUUGAGCGGUCAGAAGAUUUUUAUGGUCGCUCAAAAAGGCUCAAAUAGGUGCUGCUGGACCUCCUAAAGGCCCAAAAAUACACUCAGGGGCAGCAUCCAUUAAGGCAAAAUGUCCAGGCAAUAGUGGAGGCCUAUGUAAGAAAAUGUACACUUUAUGUUAUUUUAAAAAACAUAUUUGUAGUUUGUUUGAGUCGCACUGUCUAAUGUAAAAGGUAUAGGAAAUAUUCGAUAUAAACUAAUGCGAGUGGCACAUUCGCAGAAAUGGUCAGUUUUACUGCCACUUUUGGUCGAAAUUUAUCUCAAUCUUAACUUUCUCUGUGACCUCAGUGGAAAAUGGUGAAUACUUUUGGCGAUUCUUUAUCUUUUUUUGAUUCCCUACAAGACUGGGUGGGUUAAAAUUGUUUUCUCCGUUUCCUUCAAUUAGGUACUUGGCCCAUGUAUUGUGCAUAAUGUCCUUUCUCAGAAAAUCCUUUUAAAAUGCAUUAAAAAUUUAAUUUAAUUAUGCAUAAAUAAAUUAUCCACUUCCCAUUUCCCAUGAAAUCAUUAAAAGCCACAAAAAAAUGCAGAAAAUUAUGCAAAAUCAAGAGGAAUUCAUAAUAAUGUUUUAAUGCUGCGCAAAAUAUCAAUGAGGCUCAAUCAAUUAGCAUGAGAAUAAAUUGCAUAAACUCCUCAUCUGAGCACAUCCCAUCAUCCCCUAAAACGCUUUCAGCAGAAACUUUUAGAAUAAUUUAUAACUACAAACAAUGGGGAGGAAUUAUGAAAAUAUUAUUGAUUGUAAAUUUUCACCCAAAAAUUGCCUCCUUUGAACGUGAUUUCGUGCGAAAAUGCAUGAAUUGGUCAUUUUGUGUGGACAAUCUGCAUCAUUUGCCCUACAUUGUCUACUCACCUUUGGCCCCUUUGAUCCUCUGCAUUGCCCUUACACGUCCUUUUCGCCUUUGAGCUGCACUUUUGGUCCAUUUUUGUGCGAGGGUGAAAAAAUUCGUUACUUUUGCGCGCACAAGGAAUGCGUUUGAAUUUCCUAACCUCACUUUCCAAAGUAGGCUGGAAGUUCCAGUUCAAUUUUGCUUUGGUGAAGAAAAAUAACCCCAAAAAUGACAAUUUUUAGUUCCCUUCGUGGAUUUAGUCAAAUAAAUCCUCUCAUCCCGCUCCUGGCAGCUCAGUUCAGUAGGAAAAUCACCCAGAAUGUAAUCCAGAAACGUUUGAUGUCCGGAGGACAUGAUCGGACGAUGUUUAUCACCCCAUCGCGCUUUCAGUGGCACAAAUUCAAGGAUUUGCUCCACUUUUACGUCAUGCUGGGCCUCAUUCCCAUCCUUGGGAUUGUCUUCUACACGAACGUCUUCAUUGGCCCGGCCACACUCACGGAGAUCCCUGAGGGGUAUGAGCCGAAGCACUGGGAGUACUAUCGGCAUCCCAUAACGCGUUUCUUGGCACGCGUGAGUACACCACCGCAGCAGGAGUAUGAGAAGUAUCUCCAUCACAUCUAUGAGGAGAAUGAGAAGCGGCAGGUUCGUGCUGUGGAGGCAAAAGUGAAGGAGCUGAUGCGUGAACGUAGUGACUACCAGGCGUACUACUACCGCAAUGUCAUUGCCAAGUACACGCGCGUCGCCAAGAAGACGUCCAAGGAUCUCGAGGAGGUCUAUGGCAAUAACUAAGAGUCCUCUCAAGUGCGAGAGGAGCCUCCAAAAGAGCUGCAGAGAUUGUUAUUUAGGAUUUAUUAUCAAAUAAAAUGUAAUGAGAAAAAAAA